UACAUAAGCACCUUAUUCAAUUUCUUUUCAUUCAGUUACAACCCACAUUUUUUUUACUCAAUCAAAAUUGUGUGCAGAUGAGCACUAUGUCAGCUGCAUUCCAAGAUAAUAGUAUUCAGCGUAUGGCUGUGAGUGAAUUCAAUUCGCAAGCUAUGAAUUUGAAGGAAGAAAUACGUGCAAUUUUCCUGCAGCACAAGAAGUCAUUGGCAUCAAGAGAACUUUGGCUUCUAGAUCAAGUGGACAACCUAAAAGAAACUACUAUGGCACUGAUGAUGAAAAAACAAAUAUCAAUGGCUGAAGUUAAAGGCAGAAUGGGGGAAUGCACAAAUUUUAUGAGUUUUUCCAAGGAACAUGAUUAUUCAGAGGGAGUAGACCGAGCAUAUGAUGUGAUGGCACAAUUGCAAAAGAAGGUACAAGAGUAUGCACAUUCUAAUGACACUCGAUUUCCCUCGAUCAAAUUUAUGCACAACGAUAUCCAACUACGGAAUUCAAUCUUAUCGUAUGGUAGACUACAAACUAAGUCUUGUAGUGACGCAGAUGAGACUGAUUCAUUUUUGACAGAAAAGUCAUGGGAUCUAGUUGAUGAAAGAUUAGAUACUGAAGAAGAUGACAACGAAGAGGCGGCUGUCAAAGGCAGAUGUUGCGGCACAAUGGCAACAUGCUGUCAAUCCUCAUAUGAGAUUGAAGAUAUGGAUUUUUCAACUAUACUUAACUCUGAUACUAUCUGUCAAGAACAGGUGCCAGUAGGGUCUGAUUUUGACAGAUCUGAUCUUUUAAAAAAAUUUUGCAAGGCUAAUGAAAUUUGUUGUUCAAUCAGCGAAUGCGUUUGCGAUACUCCCUGCAUUAAAAUAUCACAGAUGAACGCAAGUAUGGAUCCUGUUGGUGAACUACAUGGCAAGCUUGAAGCUGUAUAUGCAGAAGGCCAGGGCGGAUUUCAAGACUAUAACAACAAGGGUGGGAGUACCAAGCCUGAAACAGAGGACAGACUUGGUGAUGAUCCUUUGAUUCAGAUAACUAAUGCGAUGGAUAGUAUUCUUGGCUCCACGUGUGAUAAAUCAUCAAAGUCAAAAAAAACAACUUCUUUAGUGGAGGAAACAGAUAUUAUUGGCGAUCUCAAUUCUAAAUUACAAAGAAUAAUAGAUGGGAAUGAGGAUGGCAAAUUGUCUGUUAUUGGAACAAAUUUCUGCGAAUAUACAGAGGCUGUCUCAGCAGACAACAAAAGUUCUUAUUUUAACGCAUCGUUGGAUGGAUCUGAGAAAAAGGAUUCAGGAUCUGCAGACGAAGUAUUCAAACUGCAUAAAAAAUUAGCACAUAUAUAUCAGGGUGAUGUUUUAGUUGGGCCAAUUUUUAAGUCACACGAAGGAGUCUUUUUGGGCACGGAUCCAGUAAAUCUGUUGUCAAACCAGCUUCAACGUUUGCUUACCUGCUGAUCUAUUGUUGAAAUUUGCUGCCGAAUUCUAUUUGGGCCCAUACUCAGAUUGCCUUUCGGAAUUUAUAAUUUGAUAAAAAAAAGUUUUUGAUAAUAAAAUCUUGAAAGAAGGAUUUCGAUAAACAUUGAUAUUUUGAAACUGUAUAUGUAAAGCAAAAAGUUGUUACCCUACUGGAAUUUCUCUAUCGGAUUUCCUUAAGAAGAUCUUUUUUAUUAAUUUCAGAUAUAUUGAGUAUAUUAAUUUUUCCAUUUCAUUAUCUUUCUUAGAGUAUGUUUUUUUGUGCCUCCUUGUUGAAUAACUAACUAGUGAUAUAAGCAGUAUUUUUUAGUUGGAUUACUUUUCUAGUACUGUGUAAAACAAUUUAUUUUCUUCCGCAUUUGUUUGUGAUAACUAUCGUUAUCAUAUCAACAAUAUAAAUUAUACUGACAAUAUCAAUCUUGAAUAUGUAAAAAUGCUUAUAAGCAUUAUCAUUAAUUCAUAUCAAUAUAUCAUAAUGUAUUUUCUGUGAUAAUAUGGAAUGGGCUUGUGUCAUCUGACAAUAUUAAUGCUACAGCAAUACUUAAUCAUUUACCGAGAUGAUUACACUCAGGGAUGCUUGAGUGUGUUUUCGGUUAUUUUAUAUUCCAUUGUUGUGGUGCAAAAUGAUUAUGAUGUACAAUUUUGUGCUCUAUACUUUGAUUCAAAUUAUUACAUCUUAUAAAUAAUCUGCACCAAUUUUAUAAAACUAGUACACACUCAGGACUGUCAAUUAUUUUUUGUUCUUAACAAAAGUAACAUAGUUAUUAAUGAGCUUAUCGAAAGUACCCCCAAGCGUCGCUUGCCAACAGGUCAAACAGUCUUGCUAUUCUUUCACCACCUAUUUGUAUGUGACAGAGUAAGGUUUUGGAAUCAGCUGUUUCUUGGUUCAUUCAUUUUCUGUGCUUGUAAAUAUUUAUGUAUGUAAUAAAUGAAUCGUAUCUUUGGGAGA